CGAAAAUAUCAACAUGUAAUGAAGGCGCGACGUUAAAAAAUAACUGAAAAAUAUCAAGUGCAUUCCUGUAAAACCGGGUUGAAAAAUGAAAGUUCAGGAGAUACCGGAAACGGGCAACAACAAUGCCAUGGAGCAGGAAAUGGCAGGUGCUCAGGACACGAUCUAUCUGUGUAACUUUCGGGUGUCUGUAGACGGCGAAUGGUUGUGCCUCAAGGAACUGCAGGACGUCGAAUUUAAUAUGCAGGAGUCAAUAAACAAGUUGGCUUCACCGUCUCCUGAUGUUCCUGUUCAACCUUUUGGUAGGGAUCCUGUAGUGAUUGAACGAAGUAACUUGCUAAAUAUUAGCAAACUCGUCGUAAAAGAGCUAAUCGAGCAAUCCUUAAAAUAUGGACGCAUGUUGGACUCGGAUCAUAUGCCACUGCAGCAUUUUUUUAUUGUGCUGGAACACGUGCUUAGGCAUGGAUUACGGCCUAAAAAGGGCCUAUUGGGACCUAAAAAAGAAUUAUGGGAUAUACUUCAAAUGGUGGAAAAAUAUUCUCCUGAAGCCCAAGAUAUUACAGCCAGUGUUAGGGAUUUGCCCACAGUUAGGACACACAUGGGCCGUGCACGUGCUUGGCUGAGAAUAGCACUAAUGCAAAAGAAGCUCGCGGAUUACUUAAAAGUCCUGAUCGACAACAAAGACGAAGCUCUCGCAGAGUAUUUCGAGCCCGAUGCCUUGAUGUUGAGUGAUGAAGCAAUUGUGAUAAUAGGUCUUUUAGUUGGGUUGAACGUCAUUGACUGCAACCUGUGCGUCAAGGAGGAAGAUUUGGACUGUCCGCAGGGCGUCAUAGAUUUUUCGUUAUAUCUGCGGUCGUCGCAUCAGCAUAUUACAAACGAUAUGUCCAAUGAUACGGGCGAUAAUAUGGUCACCGUGCUAGAUCAGAAGAAUUAUAUUGAAGAGCUCAAUAGGCAUUUGAACGCGACAGUGACAAACUUACAGACCAAAGUAGAAACAUUAACAACAACAAACGCAUUGAUGAAGGAGGAUCUGGCAAUCUCCAAGAACAACUUGGCAGCUUUAUAUGAAGAAAACAGACAGCUAAAGCAGGAUUUGGGCAGGGAUUCCGGUGAAUACGCCAUGAGCACCAGUGGCGUGCAAAUUAUUAAUUUAACGGAACAGGAAAAACAUAAAAAUAACAAAAUAUCCAACGGCGAAAUGGAUGAGAUAAGGCAACGAUUGGACGAAGAAAGAAAACUAAGACAAGAAGCUGAUAAGGAUCUUGAGAUACAGAUGUGCCUAAAAGCUGAAACUGAAGUUGCCAUGAAAUUGUUGGAGAAAGAUAUUCAUGAUAAACAGGAUACUAUUGUUUCUUUAAGGCGGCAACUCGAUGACAUUAAGUUAAUCAAUUUGGAAAUGUAUAAGAAAUUGCAAGAAUGUGAGGCAUCGUUAAAACAAAAGACAGAACUAGUAUCCAAGCUAGAGGCUAAGGCACACUCUAUGACAGAUACUAUACAAGUUCUUGAAACUAAGUAUAGAGAAAGUGAAUCGAGCCGUGUGACAACUGAACAGUUAAAACGAGCUGUGGACAAACAGGCAGCUCAAGUGGAAGAGCAAGCAAAUUCCGUGGAAGGCGACUUAAAGGUGGAAAGAGAAUGGCGAAUAUCUUUGCAAGACACUAUGCAACAAGAUCGUGAGAAAAUAUCAAAAUUAUUAUCUGAAAACAACCAGUUAAAAAUCAUUGCACAGAAAUAUGCUUCUCUACAAGAAGAGUAUUAUUCCCUAAAAGAUCAGAGUAUAGAACAAGAACAUACUUUGGAAGAAUUAGGGGCUCAAUUGAGCACAACAAAAUUGCAAAUUGCAGAAUUACGAGAAGAAUCUAUCAGUAAAAUUAAAGCUGAAGCUGCUUGGGCUAAAGAUGAUACGGUUUCACAUUGUAAAGCUUGCAGUAAAGAGUUUAAUUUAACUAGGCGGAAGCACCAUUGUCGAAACUGUGGCGAAAUAUUUUGUAACUCUUGUUCUGAUAAUUCAAUGUCACUUCCUUCUUCAGCAAAACCAGUCAGAGUUUGUGACGACUGUAACACUUCAUUAAUGGGACGAUAUUCUGUGAUGUAAAUUAUUUUAAAUUUAUUGUUUUAAAAUGUACAUUUAUUGUUAUACAAUGUAAAUUUUAUAUGUAUUGAUACAAAUUUUGUAUAUAUGUAUUUUAAUAAACUUUAAAUCUAUUAUACAUGUAAAUAUGAUUUUUAUUUCAAUACAUACUCAUGGACGGAUUUAAUUACAAUUAUGUAUAAAAAAUAUUUAUCAAUAUUUACAACUUAAAUUCAAUAGCAACAAUUUAGAAAAAAAUGAGUAUAUCUUAAUAUUAUUAUAACUUAAUAUAACUAAUACAUAUUAUACACAAGGCCACAAAAGUUAUUCAUCACCCCUCGUUUUCAUGUACAGUAGAAAUAAAAUAAGUUGCGCCUGCAUCAUCAACGUUUGACAGUUAAAUGUUCACCAUUGCCAGAUUUAAAAAAAAAUUUGUAUUGUAUUAUAAGAUUAAUAAUAUAAAUUGAUUUCUACUGUAGCAGUAUUGGUUCCUGCAACCAAUUUUUUUUCUUCAUAUAACUGACUGAUUAAAGCAUUAAAUUUUCUAUAAAAAAUUCUAUUCAUGUAAGUUUUUAUUGCUAAUAUUUGUUUAGUACAAGACUAAACUAAACAGAGAUUUUAGGUGAUGCAUAUCUUUUGAAACUAUGUAUAUUAAAGAGUAUGGGAUGGAACAUUGUAACAAAUUGUAGUAUAUCAAAUUAAUAAUACGUUAUUACAUCAAUAACAGCCAUACAAAUUUGAGAUUCAUAAUUAAAUUAGUUGAAGUGUAAAAACUUUUUAUUAAAAAAUCAUGGUAAAAAUUGUCAACAAUAAAUCUAAGGGACGGAACAAUGUAAAAAUUUGUACUUAAUGCUAAAUUAAUAAUAAAUGUAGAUACCAAUAAAUAUAUUGAUAUUCACAAUAAUAAAAUACUUCAUAUAAACAUUAAAAUGGAAUUAAAAACUUUUUAAUAAAAAGCCAUGGUAAAAAUUGUCAACACUAAACCUAUACCUGUUAAAAUGAAUGAUGGACUUUGUGUUGUACUGUCAUUACAUCUAUGAUCGAGGAAGCAGAAACACCAAGUUGUUUUAUCAUAGUAGGUUCUA